AUGAAGCUCCGGAGCAUCGUCCUCGCUUCCUCCCUUGCUGUAACCGCCCUGGCUGGUCCGGAUGCUGCCGCCGUCGCGGAUAAGAGCUCCAAUGCUGUAGCGGCACCAGGCAGCAAGGCGGGCGCAAUCAAAGAUGCCCCCUUCGAUGGCAAGGACGGCAGGCCGCACCACGGACCCUUCGUCGAGAUCGAGAACCUUCGCGACAAGGGAUCGCCAGCAACCUCCAGUGACUCGGACAUCCCCUCGCUCACGAAGCAGCUGCCAUUACUUAAAGACAGGCCGUCGGACCCGACCGUCGUCAACGGCAAGAAGAUCCCCGAGUCGAACGAUGGCAUCAUGGACGACAAGAACCGGGCGCACCCGAAAGAGGGCACGACGGGCACCAGUGGUGGCGUGAGCGAGAAGGACAGGGAGCGCAAGGCCAAGGAGGGCCAGACGGGCGAGCGGGUCGAGAAGAAGCCAGAGACUCCCAAGGAGGCCCGGCCGCUUUCGCACAGCGAGCAGGAGAAGGUACUGAAGAGCGGCGGAGGCAAGGAUGUCAAGGACAAAGAUCUGGAAUCGCUGAAGGAUACCAAGGCAAAGCUGGCGUCAUCCAGUGACAAGGAUGGGAAGGAUAAGGCAGAUGAUACAGAUAAGUUCUCGGGGUUGGAUAAGCCAUCAGAUCUCCCGGGAAAGACACACGACAAGGCCCUUCCUGUCCCUAACUCGGCCAACAAGGACCAUCUCGAUGUCACCCAGGGCAAGAAGCAGCCUUUGUCGACCGGCAAAACCCCACAGCUGGCUACCGGUGCCGAGGGUGUCCUUCAGCCCCUGCACUCCUUCUGCCUAUCGCUCACCAUGAUCCUCUUCUCCGAGAUUGGCGACAAGACCUUCCUCGUUGCCGCUCUUAUGGCCAUGAAGCACGACCGCAUGGUUGUCUUCUCCGCCGCUUUCGCCGCCCUGAUCACCAUGACGAUACUUUCGGCGUUUCUGGGUCACGCUGUCCCGGCCCUGAUCCCCAAGAAGCUCACCAGCUUCAUGGCGGCUGGCCUGUUCUUCGUCUUUGGCGCUCGUAUGCUGCGCGAGGGUAUGGCCAUGUCCCCGGACGAGGGCGUCUCGGCCGAGAUGCACGAGGUGGAGCUUGAGCUGGAGGAGAAGGAGUCCCUGGCGCGGAAGCAAGGUAUGCGCGGCCGCGCCUCGCCCCACGCUCUGGAGAUGGGUCUCGGCGACAACGGCCACACCUCCCGCAAGUCUCGCGGCCACAAAUCUCGCUUCUCUGCGCCCCACCGCAGCCCCUCGACCUCGCCGAGCCGGAGCCCGAGCCCGCGCCGGGGUGGAAGCCUCAUGAAUGCCCUUGCCGGCCUCAACAACCUGCUCAGCCUGCUGCUCAGCCCCGCUUGGGUCCAGACCUUUGUCAUGACGUUCCUGGGCGAGUGGGGCGACCGCAGCCAGAUCGCGACCAUCGCAAUGGCGGCCGGACAGGACUACUGGUGGGUUACGCUGGGUGCCGUGUUGGGACACGCGUGCUGCACGGGCGUUGCCGUCAUUGGUGGGCGGGCCAUUGCCGGGAAAGUCAGUCUCAAAGUUGUCACUGUGGGCGGCGCGUUGGCAUUCUUGCUCUUCGGAUUCAUCUACUUCAUCGAGGCCUUCUACACGUAA